AUGCAUGAUCUUGGCAUCAACCAGAACAACUACCUUCUCAACAUCAACAAUACAGCAACCCAACUUCACCACUUGCAUGGCAUUGGCAUAUUCAUCACCAGCAACCCUCUACACCUUGCAUCCGCGCUCACACAUCAUGCCAACCUUGAGUACAAGCUCACACUCACCUUCCACUUCUCCAAGGUUGCCUACACCUCUGACCACCUGGCACCUCCUCAUGUCAGUGGCUUCUUUGUUGUUCUCUUCUGCCACACUGACUGCCCCUUCAACACCAUCUGGGUUCCAAGCCCUCCAAUUGGUGCUCCUUACUACUACCUCUCCCACAUUCCUCUACCACCUGCCAACAAGGACAACAUCAAACCUAUUCCAGCAAGCCUUGCUCUCAUGGCUGAGAACAAGGUGCUUCUGCAUCCCUGCUUCUACAGCUUCCUCCUCACCAGCAUUGACUUCCCAGCCACCACUGAGGACCACAUCCACACAGUCUAUGACACCCAACCCACCUACAACAUGCUGCUUCCCAUCAGCAUUGUCAUGAACUACUGGUACCUCCUGCUGUUCACCAACAAGGCCUCCAACUUUGAGUACCCACCCAAGGACUAUGUGACCUGGGCCAUGCACUUCCUUGCUUGA